AUGGCUGCGAACAAGCAGGCCGGGACGCCGACUCCCUCUAGGGAUGGCGACUUUCCCAGUGCGCUGUUCCCGCCGGGUCCGCCCAGUAUCAUCUCCUCGAGAAUGACGGAUAUUGCCUCCAACGAUGGAGAUGGACACUCGGCCGAACAAACGACGAUCGGCGCUGGCGGAAGCGCAAAUCCUCAGCGGAGGAGUAUCCUGGCAUCCGAUUCACGCCCAGGAACGGCCAAAACUGGACUAUCUUCAUCGCGAGGUGCGUGGUCCCAAGGAGUACCGCUGAGGCGCCAGUUUCCCAGAGGAAGCAUCACAGCUAGCAGCGCGGCAGGCUCGACUACCAGCGGCCGACCCCCAAGCUCGACGAGCCGGAGUCAUGUUCCCUCCCUCACUUCUCAUGCUUUCUUCCAUCCCAUGAGCUCUCAGAAGCUGCAGGCGCAACGAGGAGCAUCUGCCCGGCCGCUGACGGGGAACCGACAAACCGGCACCAUGGACGACGUUGCUGCCGAAAACCGUGCCAAUGUCGCACAGCAGCGCGGCACUACGGCAAGCCCCAUCAGUCGUCUGGCUCACCAGCUCGCAAGCAGCGAUGAUGGGGAAGCACGACGUACUGGAUCCAGAGGGACGGAGAUGACAGAGCAGGAGACUUAUGACAGAUUCACCGCCAACACUAGCCCCACCCGUGGUCAUUAUCCCGCUGGUAGUACCAGUGAGAGUAUGCGCCCGCUGCAACGCAAUAAACCGAACCAGGCUCUUAGCGUCGACGUCGACGUCGACAAGGGCAAGGACUACCCGGACGGCUUGAACAUGCCUACUCCGAUCAAGUCGCCGCGCUCUUUCCGAUCGAGUUUCCUGCUUCCUAAGGGGGAGUCUUCAGAAAAUGCGUCCAAUCGUAAAAUGCCCGGCGCAGAGAAGCUCUCCUCGGGCGCCUCGUCUCCACGACUGACCCCAGCAGCGACCCCCUCGCGCAACGACAAGGCUCCAGACGUGAAAGACAAAGCUCUCAACCUGGGUCGAAAUCACGAGUAUUUCGAGGGAAACACCGUCUUCUGCAUCGGCGGUCGUCUGCAGAAUACGAAUCACCGCCCCAUCAACGUAGCAACUGGGUUGCUUGUUGUCAUUCCAGGCGUCCUGUUCUUUAUCUUCUCCGCUGAAUACUUGUGGUACAAUAUCUCGCCAGCCUUGCCGAUAGUGUUUGGCUACAUUUACUACAUUUGUGUAUCGUCAUUCCUUCAUGCGUCAGGCUCCGACCCAGGGAUCUUGCCGCGCAAUCUACACCAGUUCCCCCCUCUCGAAGAAAACGCCGAUCCUCUACGUUUACCACCGCCAAUGAACGACUGGACUCUUGUUAAGUCAGCAGAGUCUAGUACUGCUGCUAUGGAGGUUCCGACGAAGUACUGCAAGACUUGCAGUAUAUGGCGACCACCGCGGGCUCAUCACUGCCGUCUUUGCGAUAACUGCGUGGAGACACAAGACCAUCACUGUGUCUGGGUUAACAACUGUGUCGGGCGCCGUAACUACCGAUAUUUCUUCACCUUUGUGGCGUCCAUGAUGUUGCUCGCCAUCAUUUUGUUCGCUGCAUCUCUGGCUCAGGUGUUUGUGUAUGCGAACCAGCAUGGCGGUGAUGUUGGGGCUGCUAUUAACCACUUCCGAGUUCCAUUUGCUAUGGUGAUCUAUGGCAUCAUCGGAUUCCUUUACCCUGCGGCUCUGACGGGCUACCACUUGUUUCUCAUGGCCAGGGGCGAGACGACGCGGGAAUUUCUCAACUCCCACAAGUUUUUGAAGAAAGACCGAUACCGAGCGUUCACGCAAGGUAGCAUGUGGAAGAACUGGAUCGUCGUUCUUUGCCGGCCGCGACCACCCACGUAUUACAAGUUUAAGAAUCGGUUCGAGGAGGGAGAUCAGCGUCUCGGAAGUCGAAAAGUCCAGCGCAAAGCCAUGGGUCCCGCCGUUGGGCAAGAAAUGGAGAUGCAGAACGUGCAGCCAUCUUCAUCGGGAUUCCACGGUCCGACUGCGUUACGCAACAACAACAACAACAAUAACAACAACGACCACAACCACAAUGAUGACGACAAUAUUUCUAAUCGGCCGUGA